CAUAGGCGAGAAGAUGUGGUGGAGACGGAAUACGAAAUCGUCGUAAUAUCCAUAUGCUUGCCCCAUACAUACACUCGUUUGCUCCGUCUAAAAGCCUGGACUAGUCCGACUUGCCCGAAUACAUUAAAUACAGACAUCAGUUAGUUAGAGUGCGUGCGAUAUAUAUAUACUACUUACUACUUGGUUGUGUGUAUAUAUAUAUAUAUAAAAUAUCUGUUGUGAUAACAUACUACAAGCGAUAAAAUAAUGGCAACGAAACCUGAUUAUCAAAGAACUUAUGCAGUUUUGGAGUACAGCGAGGAGGCGGCCCAGUAUAGCCCCUCCCCACAGGGCGAAGGGGCGGUGCCAUCACCGCAUUCGCGUGCGGCCACGCCCCUCGAACGUUUGCCGUCCUAUAACGAGCAAGAGAUCGAAUCCUAUCCGACGGGAAUCCACUCGGACGCCGCUGAAUACAUUACGUACGGCCGAAUGGAUGAGGUAUCUCUCGAGGAGUCACCUGGUGGUCAUCAGCAGGAAUAUGUGCAGCUGGGACCCAGCUCUAUAUCGCAACAGCAAGGCUCCUCGCCAAAGGACAGCAACGCUUCCAGUCCAGGGGGUUCCCCAUCGAGGGUCCAUCCGACGACCUUCACGCAUCUGGGCUCCAUAACAACGAGCAGCGAGCAGCAGAGCUCCGAACCGCAGCAGAUCACCCAACUGACGCAACUGUCGAGUCAUAUAAGCUACGGCGGCACCGUGGACUCCUCCACCUCCGAGAACAUCUCAAGUCCUCUAUACUCGACGACGACCAGAUCCAUCCCGAGUUACACGAACACAAAUAUGCCGUUCUACAACAACGGAUCUUCGGAGCUCGGCAAUCAACCGACGCAACUGUGGACCAAUACAGGUGAAGAUUAUGGAAAGUCGGCGUGCUCAGGUACGACCCUUCCGGCAUUCAACAGAUUGCCGACGACCAGUUUCCAUAGUAAUGGGUCGACGGCGGGUCACAGGACUCCAGGAGCAUACCCGGUGACCACUUCUUAUCCCGAAUGGCAAUACGAUCCAGUCCAGUACAAUCCGAUUGUAGCUAACAGUCGCCGCGGUAACCAGCUCAGCGCCUCCGCCUCCCUCUCAGCAAUUGAUCCGAGGACGGCUGAGUACUUCACUGAAGGGAGGGAAUGCGUAAAUUGCGGGGCUAUAGAUACGCCCUUGUGGCGUCGCGACGGCACGGGCCACUAUUUGUGCAACGCCUGUGGAUUGUAUCACAAGAUGAACGGCAUGAAUAGGCCCCUCGUCAAGCAGCCUCGUAGAUUGAGCGCAUCCAGACGUGUGGGAUUGACAUGCUCCAAUUGCCAUACGAGCACUACUUCUCUAUGGAGGAGGAACACCCUCGGUGAACCCGUUUGCAACGCCUGCGGUUUGUAUUUCAAGCUGCACGGGGUUAACAGGCCUUUGGCUAUGAAAAAGGAAAGCAUUCAGACGAGGAAACGUAAACCAAAGGGUUCCAAGGACGUGAACUCUAGCAACAACGGUCUAGCCUCUAACAACAAUACGCUGAAGAUGGAAAACUUGAGCAACAUCAAGUUGGAGACUAACCAUUCAGUCGUGAAGACCGAGCACAUUUCUGGGAUUAAACUGGAACCUAACGCAUUAGAUAACUUCAACGAUUUGAGAUCAGUGGCUCAUCUUCAGAUGCAUUCGGCGUCAUCCGGAAGUCCGUACAUCUACAGUAACGCCCUGAACCAUCAGCGCGCCUCUCCUUAUGCGACUCCCCAUUCGCAGUCGUCGCCGUAUCAAGCUCAGACCUCGCCCUACAGCGCCCCAAUCGACUAUUACAUGAUGCCCCAGGCGGGCGGCAGCCCAAAUUCACCAUCCGACACCUCCCCCAGUCCCCAAUCCCCGCACAUCAUCAACAACCACAAUAACAACAACAACACAAACAAUAACAACAUCACCAAGGUGAUCCUCAACGAUAUGAACAUCGAGAGACCGACCGUCGUCUCCAUGACUUCAGUAUAAUCGAGCAAGAUUCUCGCAUUCAAGAAAAUUAAAAUGAGUUAAGUAAAAACCAAAGACUAUUGGUUGAGUAGUUACCAAAACAUGCAAAAAUUAACAAAAUCGCGCUUAAAGUGAAAAUAAA